ACAAAAUAAAGUAAGAAGACCCCAUUUAUUACUUAUUUUAUAAUUUUGUUAUGCUGCCGAAGGUUACAACCUUGACAUGAUUAUUUGAGUUGUUUUACCGACAAAUCGAUCAGAUGAAAUGAACGGAUCCUCUCUUGCUGCAGUUCGCGCUCCCGACACAAGGGGGCAGAAUGUCACACAACACCGGUUGUCCUCAGCCCAGGAACCAAACGACCCCGGGAUCUUGUUCUGCCGGAAGGUAUUUAGAGACCCACACAAUACCGCCGUUUCCUUGACAACGAGAUUUCUUUGUCGAUCACCAAACGGCUCCCACAAACAGAUUUGUUCAGGAACUGAGACUGGACCGGUUCGUAUGGAGGAGGAACUGUUCGCUCCGUCAUGCUCCUCGGCAGCAGAGGCGGCUUUCGACGUGGUGAUCGGCUGCAUCCUGGAGAUCAUCAUGGAGGAGGACUUCCAGCUGGUCCAGCGCAGCUUCUUGGACCGGCACUACCUGGAGUUUGAAGAGUCUGAUGAGAACAAGCUGAGCUACACUCUGAUCUUCAACGAAUACGUGGAGCUGCUGGAGAAACCUCUGGAGGAAUGUCUGAUGAAGAAGAUCCCCGGAUUCAACAUGGCCAGCUUCAUUCAGCUGCUGAUGCAGCACAAAGAAGAAGUCCCAGACGAGAUGUUUGACAUGCUGCUCACCUUCAUCGACUUCAUGGCCUUCAAGGACAUGUUUGUCGAGUACCGAGCGGUGAGUAGAGGGCGCCGACCCGAGCAGAUCAGGACGCCGCAGACGCUGACCUCUGGUUGUGCUCCCUGUGUUUUCAGGCUAAAGAGGGUCGAGGUUUGGACCCGAGUCAGGAUCUGCUGGUGACGUCUCUAAACCCGGCAGGUUCUGCUGGACACCAGUAGAACCACCAGAACCACCUUGGCCCUCAUAUUGGAGCUGCUUCCAGUCUGACAGAAACUCUGACCUGAUUCAAGACUAAGAACUCACUGAGUGAUGGAUGAAUGGAUGAAUGAACAGAUGAAUGAACAGAUGAACAGGUGAAUGAACAGAUGAACAGAUGAAUGAA